UUUUUUUCUUCCUUUUUUUUCCUUUUUGGCUUUGCACUUGCUUUUUGCUCACACCGCCCCUUCCCCCUUCCGCUCUGGCCGGUAGGGUAGUGGGUGUAUCAUGUUUCCUCUUAAACUUCAAUCGCACAGGUUCGUCUGCUUCUCAUCUCGCUCCGUGGUUCGUGUCUUGAGUCUCCUCCUCGUGAUCGAAUCAAUGCGGCGUAGGGGACCAUGGAGAGGCCUUCUAGAAGCCCGCACCGGCCCCUCAACAGCACGGCCACUCGGUUUGCCGAAAGGUGUCACGCCGUUGCAUGGGCACGACUGAUGUUUUUGGGCUGGGAAUGGAAUUUCCGUGGCAGGAGCGCAGGCCAUCGGGGAAGGGGGAGAACGUGCGGCCGUAGAAGGCCAGCUGUUUCGCAACAUAGCGAUCCCUCCACUCUAGUCCCCUCCUCUCGGUCCUGGGUCGAUGCCUGGUCGGUCAAGUUCUCUGGGUUCUCUCGAUGCUCUGCCUUCGUCAGCCAGGACGAAAAAGGCAUGUGUGUGAGUGGACCACCAUCUCACCCCGUGUCUCAAGCUUGCAAGCAGGGACCCCUGGCCCAUCGGACCCGAAAUGACGAGCACGGUACACUCAAUGGCCCCGGAGGAGAGGGAGAAAGUCCACAACGGCUAGAUAAGAGGAUACAUCCGGUCAACCAUGACCAUGCCAGCCAGAGCUAGGUAGGAUACCGGUACUGCAGCUUGGCUGGGUAGGGGCCGUCUCUUGGCAGGGAGCUGGUCGCGUGGAAGCUACGCCUAGAAGCCUGCCGUGGCCGGAGGGGUCCAGCGCAGAACCCUAGGCCAGGUAGGUAGGUUGGUUGGUUGGUGUUUGUGAAUCCUGUGUGUCGUGUCGCCGCAUUUUGCAAGCUAUAUUCUAGAGAGCUCUUCUCAACGCUG